GGAACAUGCCGAUUAUGGUGAAGGAUUUCACCUGGCAGCAGACGGAGAAGGAGAUUUAUAUAUCCGUACCGGUAAAGGGAGCCAAGGCGUGCCAGAGCAAUGUGCUGUGUACCGAGGACUACAUCAAGGUGAAUUUUCCUCCAUUCUUGUUUGAAUUAUUUCCACUGUUGCCUAUUGAUGUUGACAAAAGUAGUGCAAAGAUUGGCAAUGGAGUCAUCCUCUUUACCCUACAUAAGCAGGAGCCAUCUAUUUGGGACACCCUGUCUAAUGCUAAUAUGGAUAAGGAUGCAAUGCAGAAAGUCAGAGAGAAAGCUAUUGCUAGAGUGCAGGAGAAAGCUAAAGAAGAUGCAGAGGCUAGAGCGAUACGUAAGAGAGAAAACGAGAAGUACUCUCUGGAGGUCAUGAUGAAGAUUGACGAAGAAGAAAGAAAACGAAUAGAAACUAUUAAAGAAGAAGAAAGGUGGAAAGCGAGUGAAGAGCUGGAAAGGUUUAAAGAACAAAGAACAGAAGAAGAGCAGAGGAAAAUCCAGAAGGAGCAGCAGAGGAGAGAGGAAGAGAAGAGAAAAAAUGCUAUAAACAAAUCCAAAAAUGCUAAUAAUCAAAAACCCCAUCUACAAGCAUCUGAAAAACCUGCCAGUGAAAAGAUUUUGCCUCCCACCAGGAAAUGCUGCAGUAUACAAAUUCAGUUUACCCCCCGUGUUUUCCCUACAGCUGUCAGGGAAUCUCGUCUGGCAGAAGAGGAAGAGUGGUUGCAGAAGCAGGCAGCAGCGCGCAGAGCUAUUAUCACUGAGAGCCUUGAGAUUCAAGACUUAAAGGAAGAAGAAAAAAACCCUGAAUGGUUGAAGGAUAAAGCCAAUAAACUCUUUGCUGUCGGUGACUAUCUUGCAGCUGUGGACGCUUUGAACCUGGGGAUACGAAUAAAUGACAAGAUCCCAGGACUGUACCUUAAUCGAUCAGCCUGCCAUCUUAAAUUAAGGAAUCUUCAUAAAACCAUUGAUGAUGCCUCCAAGGCUCUGGAACUGCUGACACCGCCUGUUCCAGACAAUGCUGCUGCCAGACUUAAGGCUUAUGUGAGGCGUGGAACUGCCUUUUGUGAGUUAGAACUCUACGUGCAAGGUCUAGAAGACUAUGAAGCUGCCCUUAAGAUUGACCCUGCCAACCCCACUCUGAAAUCUGAUGCUCAAAAGAUUCGAUGCGUUAUCCAAGGCUCCAUUUCAGACUAG